AUGACUGAUAUUGAACAACCGGAAGAAUUAACUGGCAAUAUGCAACAGUUAAUAGCAGCUAAAGCUGAAGAAUUAUUUAAUUUAUGUGAUACAGAACAAAAAGGUUUUAUUAUAAAAAAAGAUAUGCAACGUUUACGUGAUGAACUUGGUGUUGAACCUGAACAACUUGAAGAUGUUUUUGAUUCAUUAGAUAUUGAUCAUAAUGGUUUUCUUACAUUAGAAGAAUUUACAUCUGGUUUUGGAAUGUUUCUUGGUGAUCAAAUCGGUGCUGGAAAUGAACAAGAAAUGAUUGAACAUAAUCCAAAUGAUAAAGAAGAACAACAAUUAUUUCAUGAUACAUUAGAAUCAUUAGGAGCUAAAGAUUUAUAUGAUGAUGAAGAAACAAUAAUGGGUUUAUGGAUGAAAUUACGUGAAAAUGAUCCAGUUUUAUUACGACAAUUUGAACAAUUUAUUGGUAAAAUUACACAAGAAAUUCGACGUUCAAAAUUAGAUCAUAGAAGUAUUGAAGCUGCUUUACAAAGUAAAUCAUCAGUACAUGAAUCUGAAAUAAAAAAAUUAUAUGAUGAAAUGGAACAACAAAUAAAAGCUGAAAAAGCUAAAGUUGUUGCACAAGAAAAAUUAAAAGAACGUGAACUUCGAGAACAAAUGGAUCGUGAAUUACGUUCAAAAGAACAACAAUUAGCUGAAAUAACAAAAAAACAAAGUGAUUUAGAAAUGAAAUUACUUCGAUUAAAUUUAAAUGAAUCAGAUACAAAAAAUGAAAAUGAACGAUUACAAAAAGAAAAAGGUCAACUUGAAGAGCAAUUACAAGAAUUAACAAAGAGUCUUGAAGAAUCGAAAAAUUAUAUAUCUCAAUUACAAACCCAAACAAAAAAAGAAAAACGAGAUCGAGCAAAACAAGCUUUAAAUUUAACAGAAAAUAUUGCUAUUGAACGUGAAAAUCUUGUUAAACAACUUGAUUCACUUAAAUCUAUUAAUAAACGAUUAGUUGACGAACGUGAUCUUAAUCACGGUUCUAAACAACAAGAACGUAGUCCAUCUCCACCUCGUUCGUCAACAAAACCAACGGCUAAACGAGGUUCUAUUCUUUCAGAUUAUUUUAGUUCACUACAUAGACGAACUAGUGAACCAGAAGAAGAUGAUGAUCUGAUGAAUGACGGUGAAAAUAGUAUUGAAUCAACACGAAAUCCAAAACGUCGUUCAAGACCAAGAGAAUUGGGUGCACGUGAACAACCAGUUGGUGCUAAUUCAGUUUUUCAACAUUCAGAAUUAAUGAAUGUUGCACCUAAUGCAGUACCUGAUCGAAUGUUUAAAAUAGCAUUUAUCGGCGAUAGUGGUGUUGGAAAAACAAGUUUUAUUCAACGAUUUUGUACUGAUAAUUUUAAAGAUACAUUUGCAGCAACAAUUGGUGUUGAUCUUCAAGUUAAAAUGAUUAAUAUUGAAAAUCGUAUUAUUGCAUUACAAUUAUGGGAUACGGCUGGUCAAGAAAGAUUUCGAAGUAUAACAAAACAAUAUUUUCGUAAAUCUGAUGGUGUUAUUUUGGUUUAUGAUGUAACAUCUGAAGUAACAUUUCGAAAUGUUCGAGGAUGGAUGACAAGUGUUCGAGAAUCAGCAGAAGAUGAUUGUGUUAUAGCACUUGUUGGAAAUAAAACUGAUUUAUGUGAUGAUGAUGAAAAACGACCUGUGAAAUAUAAAGAUGGAGCAAAACUAGCUGAUGAAUAUGGAUGUUUAUUUUUUGAAAGUAGUGCACGAUUAGGCACAUCAAUUGUUGAAAUAAUGGAAGCAAUUGCUCGAUUAAUGCAAGAAAAAGAUGAUAAACAACGUAAAGGUGAAAAUAUAGUCGAUAUAUCGGCAAAGAAGAAAAAACGUGGUUGCUGCUAG